UUUUACACCCAGUGGCAUCGUUUUUCAACAGCUGACUACAUAAACAACAUUCGAUUCCUUCAUUUCAAUUUUUUGGUUUUUAUUCCUUCGCGCAUAUUUUUAUGUUCACAAAUUGUUCACAACAAAUGGAUUUGCUAAUGUGUUAGAAUAAGUGAAGUGCUCAGAAGCUUGAAAUUUCCGAAUAUAUGCUAUUAUAAUUUGUUACAUACAACAUGACCUUGCCCCGCAUUACCGACUACGAACUGAUGGAGAAGCUUGGAGUUGGCAGUUAUUCAACUGUAUAUAAGGCACGACAUAAGAAAGAUCGGAGCUUUCAUGCCAUUAAGAUUGUGGAGAUGUCAACGCUAUCCGACAGUUCACGAGAAAAUCUUAUAACCGAGAUCCGACUCCUACGUUCACUCAAUCACAAGUAUAUUGUGACGCUACAGGAUUUUUUUUGGGACGACAAAAAGAUUUAUAUUGUGUUGGAAUUCUGCAACGCUGGCAAUCUAUCGGCCUUCAUACGCUCCAAGAAAUCAUUGCCGGAAGCCACUUGUCGUUUCUUCUUGCGUCAAUUGGCAGCAGCUGUGCAGUAUAUGCGCGCUAAUGAUAUUUGCCACUUUGAUUUAAAACCGCAAAAUUUGCUGCUAACACGUAACUCCAAUGUGGUAUUAAAAGUGGCGGAUUUUGGUUUUGCGCAACAUUUGAAAUUGGGUGAAAUCAAUCAACAGCUUAAAGGCUCGCCGCUCUACAUGGCGCCCGAAAUAGUGCGCAAACAUCAAUAUGAUGCCAAGGCCGAUUUGUGGAGCAUUGGCGUGAUUUUGUAUGAAUGUCUUUUUGGAAAAGCGCCAUACACUUCGAAGAGCAUCGAAGAACUUUUGCAACGUAUACGGAAUGCAGAGAAAAUAAAAAUACCGGCAAAUGCAAGCAUAAGCAAUGAGUGUCAUGAUCUACUUUGCCGUUUACUGGAACACGAUCCUGCCAAACGUAUUUCAUUUGACUCCUUUUUCGCACAUCCAUUUAUCGAUCUGAAAACUUUACCAACGGAGCAUACAUUACAAAAAGCGUCAGACCUCGUCACCAAAGCCGUCGAAUAUGAUGAAAAACAAAAUUACAAAGAGGCUUAUUAUCUAUAUUGCAGCGCAUUGCAAUACUUUGUGCCGUUAAUUACUGAGGAAGCCGAUGCCAGUAAGCGAUUAGCAUUGCGCAAUCGUGCCCUUACCUACCUCAAACGCGCUGAAGAAAUCAAAAAUGUUUUAAUCGAUGCUGAAUAUAAAGCAGCCGCAGUGAAGGAGCUGCCAAAACAUCUUCAACAAUGUACCCAGCAACAGGAGCAGCAACCAAGUAGCUCCUCCACACCAAAUUCCGCACAACAAACGCAGCCUGAUAUAAUAGAAGUGUUGGAACCAGAUAUGCGCUAUAAGCAGCUUUUUGCGCUCUCCAACUCGAGUCCACAAUUAAAAAGUGCUUUAGAAAUCGGACGUCAAGGUGAACUCUAUUUGUACGAGAGAAAAUUCAAAGCUGCUCUGGAGGCUUACACUUCGGCCCUGGGCAUGUUGGUGCCAUUCGCUAAUAAUGAACCAAAGGGCGAGCGUAGAAAUUUGUUGUUGCAACAGCUGGAAAUUUGGAUGAAAGAAGCCGAAAGCAUUAAAAGCAUUCUGUCUGCUAAAGAAAUGGUGGAUGAACAGAAACUAACAUCGGUGCGGCAUUGUUCUAUACAGUAGUACAUAGUAUUAAAUAGAUACAGAAAUAUAGAAUGUAGCUUUUUUUUUUUAAAUAUGCCGUGUUACACUAGCCAAUGCAAUUUAAAUCAAGCGAAUUGAUAUUGAUCAAAUCAAAUUCAACCAACGCAUAGUGUUCACGCUUUAUUCGUAGCUUUAUACAAAUUUAUUAUAUGUAUAAAUAAUAUACAAUAAUACACAUACAUAUUUAUGUCUACAUAGAUACUGUUUAUAAGUAUGUGCUGUUCAACAGUAGUGGAGAAGAAAAAUAAAAGUAGAUCUUUCAAAAAUCUUUUUUAUAACAAUGCAAAGCAAUUAAAUGAUGCGCUAGCACAUUCAGAUAUAAAUAAUUAAUUAUAUUAGAUAAUUCAUUGAAAAUAUGUAAAACUUAAAUGGUUACGUAGUUACAUACAUAUAGUAUUUAUGUAUGUUUGUUAGUAUGUAUUAGUUUGUAAUUGUCGAUCUCAUUUGUAAGCAGUUUUUGUGUGCUGUCAAUGUUUUACUACUUUCUUCACUAUGCUUUGUGAUAUGUUUAACACACAAUAACGUUAAAAGUUUAAAUUUACAUUCAUUUUGACUUAAUUAAUAUU